AUGAAUACAGCAUCUUUAUACAGGUGCUCGGCACCUAAAAAGUCGCUAUUCACAACAAUACGCGCCGUGUCCACAUCCUCAAAUCCUCACGCAAAGCGCCUCCUCAAGGACCUCACUCCCUCCGACCUAUGUUACUACUGGGAUACACAGCCUCCGCGUCCGGAGCAAUUAGCUUUCGCCGACAAGGUCUUCACACCGUCACGGCAUUCUCCCCUCAAGCUUUGGUCCGCCGCCAAAUUCCGCACAACACCCAUGUCGUCAGUCGAGCCGGAAGUCGCAUUUCUGGGCCGCUCCAACGUCGGCAAAAGCUCGCUUUUGAACGCGAUCAUGGGCCAAGAGGUCUGCUGGACAUCCUCAAAGCCUGGUCGAACAAGGGAAAUGAAUGCAUUUGGAAUCGGGGGCACAAAGGGUGGCGAGAACAAGGUGGUUCUGCUUGACAUGCCCGGAUAUGGAAAGGCAAGUCGAGCUGAAUGGGGCGCGGAGAUUAUGAAAUACCUUCAAGGGAGGAAACAAUUGCGUCGCGCUUUCCUGCUCAUAGAUAGUAUGCAUGGCAUCAAGAAGACGGACGCAGAUAUCCUUCGAUUGUUCCGACACCAUGCCAUACCACACCAGAUCAUCCUUUCCAAGGUUGACAAGUUUCUUGCUAAGAAAAUGAAGACGAUGAAGACCGGAGUGACAGCUGCUAACAUUCAGCGAUUGCAGCUGUUGCUGCAGGGUAUCAAGCCGCUUGUCCAGCUGGACCCCCAGGCUGGAGAGGGGCCUGGCUCCUUGGGCGAGAUCUUGACCUGUAGCGCAGAAGCUGAUAUUGGGAAGGGUCGAGCCCUAGGCAUUGAUGCUGUCCGCUGGUCAAUCUUAUCUGCUGCCGGUAUUGAUGGGAGCUUGGAGGGUGGACGUCCCGCGGCUCCUCCUCCCAUUGAGCAACCAUCAACUGUGGUUUCCAAGGUUGAAGGCCGGUAA